UGCACCCGAGUGCUGCUCCGCCCGCGAAACAACCUCGCACUGUUGUUGUGUCGGUCCCGUGUCUGUAGUGUGCGUGCGUGCCUCCGACGCGAGCCGAAGACAACGACAGCAGGUCACCGCCAGAGCCACCGCGGAGGACGGAGCCCUGCGGCCGCAGCAGCGGUGAAGUCCUGGAAACUGUCUGCUGGUUUUGGACUCCAGUGACCAACAACAUGGCGAGAACCAUCCUUGCAACCGCAUUCUUCUCUUCGACGUGAAAGCUAGCCACGUGCAUGGGUGCAGAUUCGCGAGGAGGAGGAGAGCAUGAGCUAGCAGCAGGCGUGCAGGCGCGGACCAGCAGACAGAGGAAGUCAGCAUGCUCAAGUGGCUGUCCGGGGCGAGGCCCAAGGGUCCGCAGCCGGCAGAGGUCGUCACCGACGACCCGCUCGCCACCAUACACGUCGCGGCGGCAGGCAAGCUCGACGGACCGCUCGAGAUCUACGCCGUCAGCAGGGAGCCGUGCAUCAGCCAGCACGCUUGCCUCAGGGUGAACCCCAUCUUCGACGAGGGCGGCGGCUCCGCAGAUCGGCGCGGGAGCGGCCGUUGCGACCGCGGCGGCUCUUCUGGGUACGGCAGCAGCGGUAGCGGGGGCGGCAGCGGGGGCGGCAGCGGAGCCAGGUCGCCGUGCGCCAGCUCGUCCGGCGGAGAGUCCCCCAAGCAGUCCGCACCGCCCACCCCGGAGCAGGCGUCGCCCACGAGGACGCCGGCCACGAUGCCGGCUGGCCGCUGCGCGUCGCUGCAGACGAGGUCUCCGGCGCCUCCGCGGCACGCCUGCUCGCCCCCGGCCUCGCCGCCUCCCCCGCUGCCGCAGGCGCGGCCGCCGCCUCCGGACACGCCGGCGCCCCCGCCCCCCGGGGGCAGUGGGUGCUCGCGGCUGUGUCCCAUCCCGGAGGGCUGGCCCGUGGGAGUGCCGCGUCCCAUCUGGCCGCCGAAGCACCUCGAUGCGCUGUACGCUGCGCUCGCCAAGCACACUGAGCACGAGCCCGCCGCCACCGUCCCAGCCGCUGCCGCCGUUACGACGCGGGACCACGCCAGCGACACCGCCUCCUCGUCCGCCAGCAGCGGCUUCGGCGACGACCACCCGCCUUGUCUCUCCACCAGGCUGGUCUGUGGAGAACGCUGUUCGGCGAAGUCUAUGUCGUCGUCGCGGGAGAAGCUGCUGUCGGCGCGCCCGGACGCCGGUGCUGGCGUCGGCGUCGGGGGCGUGUGCAGGCCGCAGCCCGCGGCGCCGCUGGGCAAGCGGCCCGGCGUCGCGACGGCGGGGGCGGCUGCGGCGGCGGCGGUGGCCGCGAGCGGACACUGGCCCGGCGUCACGCCUGGAGACGUCUGCCUGCAGUCCAAGGACGGCGUCCUCUGGAAGCCGGACUUCACGCUGGACAAGGCGGCGGCUGAGCGGCUGAUGCGCAACAUCCAGAAGGCGAAGCGGCGCCGCUGCGUGUGCCACGCGGCCACCUCCUUCCUGGGACUCGCCGUCUUCCUGCUCUCCGUCAUGCUGGUCAGCCUCGCCAUGACGGGCGGGCGGCGCUACUUCGGCUCCCUCUGAUCUGGCCCGACCCGAUCCGAUCCAGGCCGCAAUCCCGCCUGCGCUUCAGCCUCUGCCAGAAGGGACCGCCGACGAAACCUGUGUCUGUGUGUGUCCGUGUGCAUUCCCGCUGCAGUGUAGCAUUCGUCGUACCUGACUGCAAGACAAUUUGACGCACUGGUGCUAGAUGAUUUCGUCCCCGAGAGAAACAGAAGGCAAAAACUUUCCCCACCCUCGACAAAAAACACGUAUUUGAUACAGAAGCUGUGUUUCACUUCCCUAACACUUCAUUUAUUUCACUCAAGGCCACGUCGUGUGAUAGUUAAAUGGUACCACGUCAUCUAACUAGACAGCAGAGGCACUGAUCACUUUUUUUCCUCCAAUCUGGGUGUGAUAUUUUAGCGUGAACAUUGAAAGUUUACUGUCUACAAUUCUCUGACACCUACAUGCAAUCGAUGGUACUAAGAAGAAGGUUAGGGUUUAACGUCCCGUUGACAUCGAGGCCAUUAGAGACAGAGCACAAGCUCGGAUUGUUUCAAGGAUGGGGAAAGGACAUCAGUAGUGCCGUUUUGAAGGAUUCAGCCCCGUAGUUGCCUGAGGCGCUGUAGGGAAAUCGCGGUAAAUCUAAAUCUGGAUGGUCAGACGCGGAUUUGAACCCUUGUCCACCCGAAUGCAAACCUAGUGUGUUAACCGCUGCACCACCCCACUCGGUCCCAAAGUAGACAGUAGAUGGGAAUAGACUGUAAGUAUCUACAUCAACAAUAGGUAACCUUUGCUCUGAAAUAAUUCUUCAGCAAAGCAGCAGACACAGUGUCAUUGUUGAAUCUUUUCAUUUUAAACCACAUUUUUUUUUAGGAAAACUGACAUUUAUACUGUAAAAAUUAACACACUUUUCCACGGUCACGAAAGAAUUAAACUUCGAUUCUUCGAAACGUUUAAGCGUCGAUUAACUUUUUGCUCUUACUAAUACAGCGUUUUCCAAUCUAUGCAUUACGUGAAACCCAUUUUAAUGUCCAUUUAUAUGGUGGAAACCCUGGUCUGUUUCUGUAGUAUGGUUUUAAUGUCGUAUAUAUGUUACAAAACGUAACGUGCCUCACGUUUCUGAUGACAGACAACAAAGCGAAGUAGUUGUGGGUGCGUUCUGUGAUACGGACGAAGGUGGCGCUUCGAAUCGCCUGCUUCAAUCACACCUUGUUCCCUCGCUACUGAGCUUAGCGACUGCAAGGUUGCCUCGUGGCCCGCGAUGUAGAUGUAAAUAUCGUGUGAUGAAGACCUCCCGUCGGGUAGACCGUUCGCUGGGUUAAGACAGCGCUAUUCGCUGUCAGCGUCGCAGUCGUAACGACUAUCCAAAUUACUAAGUGCAAGCAAGGUUUAGUUGUCAUUCUAUUCUUGUAAUGUCGUAGAAACGUUAAUUUUCAUUUCUUGAAUGUUAUGAAAAAAGUAACGUAAAGUUUGCAGAAGUCUUUCAGGAAUCUCCACGGAAACACAGGGUUACGCGGAACAUAAUUUAAGAAAGCUGUGUUAAUGGAUUUCAAAACAGAAUUCUCAUUGGAAAGGGAAACCAGCAUUGGCCGUAUUUUUUUUUUGUUUUACUGCCAGCAAAAUCGAUUUUCGGUUACUUAGUGACCAUCCUCAGUGCUGUAAUAUACAAUUAAAACUGGUAGGCACUGAUAUCAAGCUAUAACCACAAGCUUAGAGCGACCACAUAAACUGACUAGACCGAAAAUCGAUUUUGCUGACAAUAAAACAACAAAAUACGGCCAAUGCUGAUUUUCCUUCCAAUUCUACCCACUAUUUGGUCGUGGUGUACACAACAAGCCAUCGAGUCGCCAAUCAAUAGAAUUCUCAUUUGUGUCACUGGCAGAAUUGCGUCAACAGUAUGGAACCUUACUCGCUUCAAUGUACUCUACUGAGUGAGAUGGAGCACUGGUUAACACGUUGGUCUCAGGAUCAAGGGGAGUGGAAAUACUCGUGAAUCCACGUUCAGUCACCCAGAUUUAGACUUUAUCUGGCGUUCCUAAACCGAAUAAGGUGAGCACAGGGAUAGUGUAUUUGCAAAGGAUGCGGUCAGAUUCUUUACCCAUCCUUUCUCCAAUGACCUCACCCGUCAGUAACACAGUAAACAAUAAUCUUACUUCCUUAUAACCAUGUUUCAUCCAAGACGUUCGUCGCUCCACUGCCCACAUGAAAACUUGCCAAUCGUGAAGAAAAAGUACGCAGAUUCUACGGCUGUACUACUUGUUUGCACGAAUUUCAUACAUUUCCGUAAAGCCUUGUCCUAAAACAUAGUCAGUGCCUCAUUGCCAUCAAUGCAUAAGCGCCUACCUUCCCCCCCCCCCCUCCACCCCCCUCCCCCGAAGACCGUGUGCCUUCUGUGUCUCGGGGUACUGCUCAACAACUUUCGCUACGCAUGCUGUGUGGAAACUGAUAGCUCGACAUCAGAGAGUUCUCCUCCUCUUUGCCGCGCUGGUGCUGCACCAAGCGGGUGCUUAGAGGUGGUUUUAGCCCCAGCAGAGGCACCAGUAUCUGACCGCUCGACGUUUCCCCGUGAGAUUCGGCUGUUACACGAACGACCGUUUGCGCGGAAGAAUGGACAGAACGCUGCCAUGUUGGACGAACCACGUCUUUUUUUUUUCUGCGCACUGAACGACGGCGGCCUUCUCAGUUCCCACCAGCCCGGAGACGCGGUGAGGUAAAUGAGAGGCCGAGGGUCUGCGAAGAAUUUCUGGUCUCCUUGUGAUAAAAGAAAGACUUUUCAUUCUUCGACACUGUCCGGCCCUCUGGUCAGGGCUAUAAAGUAUUUAUUCUGUAGAUAUGUAGAUAUGUUAAGUCCGUAACCAUUAAGUCAUCAGGCUUGUAUUAUAUAUUUAUUUAAGUAAUUUAAAGGUAUUUAAACAUCAAGUACUUCUGAAACUGCAUGUCGUUCGACAAAUUGUGGUGUGAAUGUGGCUAAAGUUUGGGAGUUGCAAAUGAGCUGGUAAUAAUACAACUGAUUUCAUACGCUUUUUAUUCGCCUGUAUGGCGAGCUACGCUUCACUACAAACGACGUUUCACCAGCCAUCUGCGACAUGAGAAAAAAAAACAUGUCAUUCUUACUGUAUGUCUGUCCGAGAAAGCAAAGUUAUUAUGCUCAGCUAGCCACGACUAUAUACCCCAAUGGAAACUUUCGUUGUAAUUCGUGAAUGAUUCUAGUAUUAUAUUUUUCUGUUUCUUUGUAACUACUUGAUUACAGGGUGCAAAUCCAAUGUGUAUACAAUAUUUUAUGAUAGCUUUAACGAGGCCCGGACAGAAACCAGAACUAAGUACGCUGAAGCACGACGAAACGCCUGAUGUACAAGCCAAGUGAAAUGUGUAAGGGACCUUUGGAGUGCGUGAAGUAUUGGAUGGCGGUUAACGCCAUUGUGAUUUUUGUAUGUGUAUUUUGUGAUGUCACAGAUGCUUGGAAUGUCAGAUACAUUUCAAGCUGCACUUAUUUUCUAUGUCAUUAGAGUGUUAGAUUAUGAGUUUAGUAUAUAGAAGCCGGACUUCUUCUGGCAAAUGUGCCUAUUCGGAAUACUCCUUUUUAUGAGCGAACAUAGCGGUUGCAUGUGAUCUUGAGUUUGGACGCUCCACCAAGUGCCAAGCUACGAACUGCCAGCGUUCUCCAUCCUAUGGACAGAAUGUCAUACGCAUCCUAGUUUCCAUACUACUUGACCAUCAUUAACUUCAAUAAUAGAAAACGUAUGCGGAAAUAAAUCUUUUUGGAACACUUCUUUGCUAAAAAAAAAUCAUAUUAAUAUCUCCUCCUAAGUCUUCUCCACUUAUAUAACGAGAGUAUAAUUCCUUAGAAAUUUCUUGUACAUGUAGAGACAUCCGGAAUACGAUACAAUCUUACAGUAAGCACUCUGUUUGCUAGUCUGGAUGAUUUGUGAUUCAAGGUUCUUGAAUACUGCAGUGACUGUGCGUUAUAGCGACACAAUGUCCUAGGGGAGGCGCUGGUGAAUCGUAUUGUAGACUGUACGAAUGAGUUCGAAUAUACCACCUAUAGCAGUAGAUGUAAUAUUUAACAAUGUCAAUAAAAAUAUCUGUAUAACUAA